UCAUGCAAUAUGAAUCAGAAACAUAACAUUGUUUAUACGUUCAUUCAUAAGGGUAAACUGUAGUCAACAUCAUAUCAAAACUUACAUAAAAUGUAUGAUACUGAUAUGUAUCAGCAAGUGCCUUAACAUUUCAAGCACAGCUUGUGUAAAAUGAACAUUUCAUUUUUCUUUCAGUUUUGUAUGUAAUUAUAUUUUUAAUUAAAUUAAGUAUAAUUGUAUGGGUUUUAAUUCAUUAGCAUGCACUAACAAACUUUUUUGUUGUGUAGACUUUCAUGACUGUUUCCUAACGGACUAAAGUACACACUUACAUUUUAAAGUACAUUUUAAAUCAUUAUAUUUUAAUAAUCUUGUGCUUUAAAGAAGUGUGCUUAUUUUGAUGUUUUCACAAACAUACAAGCACAUGUAAAGUACUUGAUUAUAAUUUGAACCUCAGUGUUAAUGUAGGACUACUAAAUUUGAACUUUAUUAUCACAACCUAUAAAGGCAUCCUAACUAUGCAAUUUGCAUUGAAUUUUAUGCAAUUGUACUGUUUUACCAACUCAAGAUGGGUUUGUCAAGCACUAAUGAACAGAAUAUGUUUACCUGGCAUGGUGUGUGUUUAUUGCUUCUAUCAGUGCACUCUUGAGAUGUUAUUGCUGCUUUUAUAAAGCAUGCUUAAUUCAGCUCUACUAUGUGAGAUCCAGUGGGGUAAGUUGACCCACCCCUUAUAUCUUGGCAACUGUAGACUUUUACUGUUAUGUGUUCAUGUAUUUUAGAAUCACACAUCAUUUCUGCAAGACUGUGUAAAGGAGAGACACAUGGAAGGAGUGAAAGGCAUCCAUUCACUUCAAACACUGUAAUUUUGCAUCAAAGGAAAUUUAUCCAGGUCUAGACAUUUUUUAUGAUGCAUAUAGGUGAUUUAGCAUAUAAAACCAUGCAAAUCAUUUAGCCUGAAUUGGUAAACUAGCUAUUUUUUCCAAAAUGCCAGCUAUGGGGCAAAGUGAGCCAAAUGCUGUGGGGUAAGUUGAGCCAGCACUUCAACUUACCCCACCAUGAGGUGCUGAAGUUAAGUUAAAUCUUUAAAGUAUAAACUAGUAUUUUAAUGUAAUAUUACACAACUGGUUUAGUUUAUUAUAUAUAUAGAUAUUGUGUAGUUUAUUUGAUAGGGACAGUGUACAAGUGCAUCAGAUUCUUCUCUGAGAACCAGAAGAUGCUUUCCAUCACAUUAUAAUCAUAUAUAUCUUUCCACCUAUAGUCUGUAAUGGCCUGUUCAACAUUGCAGAAAAGCUACCACACUGUAAAAAAUAAAAAACACAAUUUGUUGAGUCAGCUUAAAAUAAUUUGUUACCCUGCUGCCUUAAAAUUUUAAGUUCAGUCAACUGAAAUAAGUUUAGUCAACUUGAAAUGAUAAGUUGUACUAAGUAACAACUUAGAUAUUUGUGUUUGUGUUUAAACUUAACAGAUGGGUAAGUAACCCAGCUGCCUUAAAAUUUUAAGUUGAAUCAACUCAAAUAACUAAGUUGUCACUUAGUAUAAUUUAACAUUUCAAGCUGAAUAAACUUUUUUGAGUUGACUGAACUUAAAAUUUAAGGCAGCCAGGUUACAAAUUAUUUUAAGUUGACUCAGCAAAUUGGUUUUUUUUUUACAGUGCAUGCCAAGAAUCUUUUGACUAAAAUGUUUAUUAGUUUCAGUGACAUUUAUUGACUCGGGUCAACUUACCCCUAACCUGGAGCAAAUUGUACCACAGGAACGCGUUUUUAUAAGAAGCCAUAUUUUUAGAACCCUUUGUCAUAGAUACAUUCAGAUCGUUUAAAAUUACAGGAAACACUGCUCUGCACUUUUUGUGUGUCUCGCUUAUUUAACACACCUGAUUCAGAUCAUCAGCUCAUUAGGAGAGAGAUCUAUGAACUGAACUGAGUGUGUCAGAUAGGAGACACAUACAAAAUAUGCAGAGCAGUGGAUCCCUAGCACCAGGAUUGAAAACCACUUACGUAGUUGAACAUUGACCCAACAAGGUGAUGGUUAAAUGAAUCUCUGCCCCCUUUUCAGCCCAGGGGUUGUGGUGAAGCCUUCAUAUUUUUUUGAAGUGAGUAAUCGUCACCCAUUUUUUCCCCCUCGCUGCUUCACACUUGUUUGUCAGGUCAUCAUGGCUAAACGUGUUGCUGUGAUUGGAGGAGGAACCUCUGGGCUGGCCUGCAUCAAAUGCUGCCUGGAUGAAGGUCUGGAGCCAGUGUGUUUCGAGACCAGUGAUGACAUUGGAGGACUCUGGAGGUUUAAGGAAAGUCCAGAUCCAGAUCGUGCUAGCAUUUACCACUCUUUGAUUAUCAACACUUCAAAGGAGAUGAUGUGUUUCAGUGAUUUCCCAAUACCUUCCCACUUCCCAAACUACAUGCACAACUCUCUCAUCAUGGACUACUUCCGCAUGUACGCUGACCACUUCCAGCUCAAACGGCACAUCCACUUCCAGACAAAAGUUCUUCAUGUUACACCAAGGCCAGACUUCCCUCACUCUGGACAGUGGGACAUAGAGACAGAGUCCAAAGAUGGUCAAAGAGAGAAGCAGGUGUUUGAUGCUGUGAUGAUCUGCACCGGACACCACUGUCACCCUCAUUUCCCUCUACAGGACUUUCCAGGAAUUAACACAUUCAAGGGGAAAUUCUUCCACAGCCGUGAUUACAAAAACCCUGAAGAAUGGCGAGGGAAGAGAGUAGUUGUGAUUGGCAUUGGGAACUCUGGAGGAGACAUUGCUGUGGAGCUCAGCAGAAUGGCCAAACAGGUUUAUCUGAGCACCAGAAGGGGAUCUUGGAUAGUGAAUCGUGUCGGAGACAAAGGUGUUCCUUCAGAUAUGAUUUUUAAUAGAAGAGCACUAAAGUGGUUUCUUCGAUUGUUGCCUGUUAGAUUACUUAACAAAUGGAGAGAAAAACAGCUCAAUAAACGAUUCAACCACAAGCUCUAUGGGCUGCAGCCUGCACACAGAGUUUUCAGUCAACAUCCCACAUUAAAUGAUGACUUACCAAACCGCAUCCUCUCCGGCACGGUCUCAGUCAAGACAAAUGUUCAAGAGUUUCGUGGAUCAAGUGUGGUGUUUGAGGAUGGCACUGUUGAAGAUGACAUUGAUCUGGUGGUGUUUGCCACCGGCUACACUUUCUCAUUUCCCUUCCUAUCUUCACAUGUAAUUCCUGUCUCAAAGAACAAGGUAUCCCUGUACAAAUACGUAUAUCCCCCAGGACUGGAGCAACAGACUUUAGCCGUGAUUGGUCUGAUCCAGCCUCUGGGAGCCAUUAUGCCCAUCUCUGAGAUGCAAGCGCGCUGGGCCACUCGUGUUUUUAAAGGACUGUGCAAACUGCCUCCAGUGAGUGCAAUGAUGAAGGACAUUAAAGCAAAAGAGGAAGCAAUGGCUCGAAGGUAUGUGGCCGCCCAGAGACACACCAUCCAGGUGGACUACAUCCUCUACAUGGAUGAGCUGGCUGAACAAGUAGGUGUUCGUCCUCCUAUCCUGAAGUUGUUCCUGACAGACCCUACACUGGCUGUGAACAUCAUCUUCGGGCCCUGCACCCCGUACCAGUUUCGGUUGCACGGAACGGGCCAAUGGGAAGGUGCACGUCAGGCCAUCCUGACUCAGUGGGAUCGAGUAGCCGUGCCCCUGAAAACACGCUGUACACCAGAGCCACAGUCACAGCGCUCCUCUCAUUCACUCAUAUUCUCAGUGUCUGUUGCAGCGCUGCUGUCUGCUCUGUAUUACAGUAGAGACAGUCUGCACACACUCAUAGCAGACCCUUCAUCACUCCUGAACAAGAUCAGGGCUUUUGUACCAUUGCCACUGAGCACACAGUGAUCAUGCAAUAUGAAUCAGAAACAUAACAUAGUUUAUAUGAAAUACACCAUCAUAGUAAUUGUCCAUCCAUUAGCGUAAACUGUAGUCAACAGUUUAUAUAACACAACAGUUUAUAUAACAGACUUAUAUAAAAUGUUUGAUACUGAUAUUUAUCAGCAAGUGCAGUUUGUGUAUAAUAAACACUUCAUUUGAUUGUAAAAUAACUGAUUUUAUGAGAACGUAAUGUGUAUGUAAUUUUCUUUUUUUAUUAUCAAACUCUUUUGUGUUCAAUUCCAAGUAUUAUCUUAAUUAUGCAUCACUUUAGACUUAUGUCUCUUUAGCAUGUUAGUUUUCCCAAAAUAUAUUGUUAUUGAUCAUUGUAAUGGCGUUUAAAUUGUUGCAGUUCAAAUCUUAAAAGUCUAUAUAUUUUUUAAAACUACCUGUAGAUGAAUAUUAAUGAAAUAAAAGGCAACUUAAGUGUACUUAAAGUAGAUGUUCAUGAGUUUCUAAAGCAAAAGUAACCAGAAAGUUACUUUUAAAAGUAAUGCAUUACAAUAUUGUAUUACUCCAUAAAAAAAGUAUCUAAUUGAGUUACUUAGUUAAGUUUUAUGGAAAGUAAUGUGUUACAUUACUUUUGCAUUACUUUUUCUAAUCUGGGCUGGGCUUGCAUGUUUGUUCUUGUUUUUUUUUUUUUUUUAAAUCUAUUUUUUGGCAAAUGUAAAAACCUUUUCACACCAAAACUUUUGCUAGUAUGGUUGAUUUUGAUCAUCGAAGGUCAGCAGCAAAGACGUUGGUUAAUAAAAUGGGAUUAAAUAUAUAAAGCAUAUUUGUGAUAUUUAACUGAUUUAAUAUCAGUUAAACAUUUCAGUUUUUUUUUUGUUUGUUAGUUUUUUUUUUUUAAUUUUGAGGUAUACUGAAUCUGUUUUUGUGCAAGUGAGACGAGUAGAUGCAUGUUGACAUUUAGUCUAGAACUAGAGUAAGAAUCAUGUUUACACAGCGCACACAAUGCCUCUGCACUUUACUCCCAAUUUCUCUCAACAUGGGGACAGACGAGCUGUCAGUCAGUAAAUGGGAAAAUAAAAUAACUGGCUUUACUUAUUUGAAAAAGCAACUCAAAUAUUUUCUCAUAAACUAAAAAGUAAUGCAUUAAAUAGUUACUUGAAAAAAGUAAUCUGGUUACAUAACUUGUGUUACCCCCAGUGUUGGGGAAAGUUACUUUUAAAAGUAAUGCAUUACAAUACUGCGUUACUCCCUAAAAAGUAACUAACAACGUUACCUAGUUAUUAUUCAUGGAAAGUAAUGCAUCAUGUUACUUUUGCAUUACUUUUUCUCAUUUGUGCUGGGCUUGCUCAUCUGUUUUAAUAUAGGAAUGUAAAACCCCUUUUACACCAAAAGUAAAAUGAAUAAGCCUCAGCCCUGGUGAAAAAAAACAGCAUAUGCUGGUAGUUAUGUUUUGAUGCUGGGAUGCUGGUUAGGUAUGUUUUGGUGCUGGUUUAAGCUGGUCCUUUGCUGCUUUAUGCUGGUCAUGUUGCUGGUCAAGGACCAGCAUAAACCAGCACCAAAACAUACCUAACCAGCAUAUGCUGUUUUUUUCACCAGGAAGGUUGAAGGAAAUUCUCAACAUGGCGACUGUCAAUCAAUAAAUGAUAAACAAAGUAACUCAGAAAUGUUUUUGUAAAUUAAAAAAGUAAUGCGUUACCUUACUAGUUAUCUGGAAAAAAAAGUAAUAUGAUUACAUAACUCACGUUACUCGUAAUGCCAUACCCCCAAAACUGUUUUAACACCAUUAAGUACACUUUUAAAUAGUGCACUCUGUAGUAGUGUCUAAUUAAAUGUUUAAUUUUAAAGUACAUUAUAAAAAUGUUUUAAAAGUCUUUUGUCAUGCAUCAGAGAAGUUCGUUUAUUUUUAUGUUUAUUGCGUGUUUAUUGCUCUUAUCAGUGCACUUUUGAGAUGUUGUUCCUGCUUAUAUAAAGUGUGCUGCACUGUGCACAAUGUGCGAUGUAGUAAGUAGAGCAAUGUGAAUGUAACACAUUUUUAUAUUAACUACGAUAAAGAAACUAUGUAAGGUGACACUGAAAUAUAAUUUUUCCUCCCAUCUAGUUUUCCAUUACCAUGCAGAGGUGUUCUGUAAUAAGAUAAAACUAACAAAACAUAAAAACGAAUACGUUUUGUGCCAUAAUGCUUCCUGUAACCAUCUGCAGAUGUUGUUUGCAUAUGUUUAAGAGGGCUGUGUGGUGAAGAAAUGUAGAAAUUAAAACUUAAUAUCUAA